CCUCCCCCUCGGUGGUUGCAACAUCAUAUCCAAAGCUCCGCGUCCACAACCGCAGUCGCUUUUUAUGCGCUAGCGGGUGAGAGAAUAGCGCCGGGGACGCGUUUCGCCUGUACCCUGCUCACAAUCCUUAUCUCCGAACGCGUGGACUUUACCUUUUUUUUUCCCCCUCGGCUGUUUGUGGAGCUACUGACUUUGUUGCAUUGGACUAUAAUUCAGCCUGCGCGCAAGGCAACGUCGUGCGCAAGGAAGAGAUGCGAAUUGUGCCCUGAAACCACAGUAAUAUUGCUAAAUGCUGCUUUAGAGUGAAGACGUGCAAGGCGCCAGCCUACACAUGGAGUCCAGGGUCCCCCACCACAUCCCCGGAGUGUCCUCCUCUCUGAUAUCCCAGCCCCUGCUGGACAGCCGAGCGUCCUACGGCCGCCUCCAGCACCCUCUCACCAUCUACCCCAUCGACCAGAUCAAGUCGUCGCACAUAGAGAACGACUACAUCGACAGCCCGGCCGUCGUCUCCCAGCAGCCGCCGAGCCAGAAGUCCGCGAACCGAAGAAUCACCUGGCUGGGCUCGAACCAGGAGGCCUUCCUCGGGGCGAACCACAACCACCACCACAAUCACCAGCACCAGCCCCACCACCAGCAGGGCAGGUGCGAGCCCCACCAACACCAGGACUCCACCACCCACCCUUGGAUUUCCUUCAGCGGAAGACCCAGCUCCGUCAGCAGCAGCAGCAGCACCUCGUCCGACCAGAGGCUGCUGGAUCACGCCGCGCCCACCCCGACCGUGGACCACCACCCGCAUCUGCACCCUCACCAGGUCCCGGUCAACACAAUCACUACCCGAGUCCCGAGCUGCUUCAAUCCCUCCGAAUCUAAGGUCCUCUCCUCCUCCUCCUCCUCCUCUGCUUCCUCUUGCUCCUCCUCUAAAUCGCUGGACCUCAAGUCUGCAAAGAUGCCCGCAGGAGGCGGCGUGGGCUCCGCCGGGGCUCAGCAGGGCCUGGCGCUGAUCCCGUCGUCCCCGGCCGAGAAGAAGCACCUCCUCCUCUGCGAGCACUGCGGAAAGUGCCGGUGCACGGAGUGCACGCUCCCCCGAACCCUACCCUCUUGCUGGGUCUGCAACCAGGAGUGCCUGUGCUCUGCCCAGAGCCUGGUGGACACGGCCACCUGCAUGUGCCUGGUCAAAGGGAUCUUCUAUCACUGCACCGAGGACGAGGACGACGAGGGCUCCUGCGCCGACAAGCCCUGCUCCUGCUCCCAGGCCAACUGCUGCGCCCGCUGGUCCUUCAUGGCCGCCCUGUCCCUCGUCCUGCCGUGCCUCGUCUGCUACCUGCCGGCGAUGGGACUGGCCAAGCUGGGGCAGAAGUGUUAUGACAAUGUGAGCAGGCCCGGCUGCCGCUGCAAGAGCGCGCAGGCGGCCGCGGGCGUCCCCGCGUGCAAAAACCUGGACGCGAAAGCCGGGACUCUAGAGAAGCUGCAGCAGGGGUCGUGAUACCGGCCCCAAACUUUGCGGCGGUGGCCUUUACUUUAAAAAAAAAAAAAAAAAAAAGAAAUGACAAAAAAAAAAAAAAUAAAAAAAAUGGACAAGACCACACAGUACUUGCUCGCGCUCUCUGGUUAGGACAAUCCAACACCAACCCAUUAAACUACCCCAUUAAUCUGCUGGAAGACGACUUAUGUAAAACAAAGGUACUUAAACGGCUGAUCGACCGAUGUUUGACAGGGUGGAUGAUGGAGUCGGGCCUCGUCCGAGAGAGAGGCGGCUAGUGGAAGUAGCUAACAGGCCCUCUGACAUGUUUUUCUUUCUUUCUUUCUUGUUUGUAAGAGUGACACGAUAAGAAACUAGAUUGUGUGGGAUGUUUUUUUUUGUUUUUUUUGAUGGCUGAAGGCACAAAGUCAUUGUACCUCUCUGCUGCUCUACAUUUCUCUGCUAAUUUUGUAACUAACUGGUGGAAACUCUCAGAUGACACAGAUAUUACCGAUAGUGGAGACAAACGUCCGCCCCCCCCCUAAAGCACAGCCCAGCGUCCAACCUGAAAGCUAGCGUCUGUGCUUUAAGAGUAAAAGCCGCCAUUUACUCUAGAGUCAUUUUCCCCACUGACACCUCAAAGGUGCUAGCUCGAUAUUGCUAAUCUCCACCAAAGGGGGGUGAAGGGGGGCAGUAAAAAAAAAAAAAAAAAAAAAACAUUUUUAGACUUAAAUUUCCCGUAAUUCUCACUCUGUAUCGUAAGCGGUUGUCGUGCUGCAAGUGGGAGAUAAUCACUUUCACGGCGUGUUUUCUAAGCCUAGACAUUCUAAAAAAGCGUUUUGAACGCCGUUCACCAAUCACGUCGGACUCAAUGCAUGUCAUGAUCUGCAUGCUCUAGUCUAAUGGUAAACCCACCGUGCUAGAAGAAGUCGAUUUGUAGUAGAGAAAUGUGUAAAAAAACAAAAAAACUAAACAAAAAGCAGAAAAAACAAGUACACCCAACCUUCUCAGGGAACGUUACGGUAAAUCCUCUCUAGAACUCGGCCGACUUGCAUGUUGAUUUUCCAAACUGCCUGAGAGCCUGGUCUACUUCCUCUUUGCACAAAAAAAAAAUAAAUAAAUAAAUAAAAAAUAAAAGGCAAAGAAACAUUUAGGGGCGAAAAGGCAAUAGUGAAUAAUUUAAAAACAAGUAAGCUAAGUGGUGAAAGAAAGAAAAUGCGAGGGAUAGAGAGAGAGUGAAGAUGCAAAGUGCUGUUGUGUUUGAGUGCAGCCUUUUUUUUUUGUCCGAAUCAAACCUGCCACUUGCACAACCUUUUAUUUCUUUUUAUUUUUUAUUAUUUUACUUUAUUUUUAUAGGAAGAAAACCCCCUUACAGGAUGUACUAAAGCACAGUAUUAACCACCACCUCAGCUAUCUCAAGUUACGUUGGCAAGCACUACAUUUUAGUCUGCACCCCCUCCCCACCUCCACACACACACACACACAGACACACACAGACACACACACUUCAUCCCAUUCAGACCGUUGCGUAGCUGCGUAAGUGUGUUACCCUUAAAGUCUAUUUUUGUGUGGCUUGCAUGUCGUUUCUUAGGACUCUGCCAAAGGAAGCUAUUACACAGUAGCAUGUUUUCGCUUCUCUAGAGCGAUCACAGUUGUUAUGCACCCCCCCACCUCGCCCCCCCCACCUCAUCCUCCUCCGUCGUGCCAAAUGGAGCUGACGGCAGCGGGUUUGUUGUCGAAGGUGCGCUGCCCUUUAAUACAGAUGGACGUUUUCUGCUUGGCACAUAGUCGCGCUGUUGUGCUCCACUUGCUCCAUAACAAACACACACCUCUCUCUUUCACUUUUUGGACCCGUGACGUCCACUUGGGUGCCUAACUUUUUUGCUCAUUUGUCUCUGUUGCACAAAGCUAAAUAUCACGCAGGAAAAGAAAACACACACACACACACAUAUGGUCCUUCAAGUCUUGAAUGUAUGAGGCAAUAUUUUCAAAAAAAAAACAAAAAACUAGCAAUUCAGAGUCUUCAGAGGGAAAAAAGGUGCCAAAACUAAAGUUGAUUGUGCGACUGGGUGAUUGUGCGGGCGGCGAAAAAAAAUCACAAAUGUUUUGACAAUAUAUUUAGUAAUAGAGCUGCGCUGGUGAAAUGUUAUUUGCUGUAAAUAGUUUCACGACAUUUGUGUUCUUUAGAAGAGACUUUUAAAUGUCCUCGAGAGAUUGCAUGGUACAUUAUAAACUACAACUCAGUACAAAAAUAUAUAGAGAAUAUAUUAGUUAUAUAUUUUGAGGGUAAGAUGUUUUUUUUGAGGUUCGGAGGCCGGAAAGAGGAAAAAAAAAAAAAAGGGGGGGGGGGGGAAUUUACAAAAAAAAAAAAAAAUAAAUGAAAAAAUCUUUUGGAUUACUACUAGCACUUGAUUUAGAAAAGUGAGGCCGUCUUUGUGUUCACGCCGAAUCCACACGGGGAACACGACCUGCCCCCAUCAGCCCGGUUCCUGCUGUUACUGCUCAGUGUCUUUGAUUUUUCCUUCCUUCCUUUCCUUCCUUCCUUCCUUCCUUCCUUGAUUGACAAACACAGCUGCUGCGCAUAAACUUGUCAAACCACAGAGACAGGAGAGGAAAGACUUUCCUCCCGCCGUCUUUGUGCUCAGUGCCAUCCCUCUUUUUUUUUUCACCAGUGUGGACCUCUCAUCGUUUUUAUUUUUCUUAUCUAGCGAAAUGUUCUUCACUUUGCUCUCCAGCCUGGUCCAGGUGUGGAUUUAUCACAGACACAAACUCAAAUAUUUUUAUUUCCUUUUUCUUUUUCGCUACGAUGCUGUGACAUUUACACGCCCGUACCCUGUUGUUGUGUCUCAUUUUUAUUUUUAUUUUUAUUAUUAUUAUUUUAUUUUUAUUUCCAGCCCAAACACAGUGUCAGAGAGUUGGGUUAAUGCUACUCCAUUACUCCUUUUACACAACGUCAUUGUUGGGAUUAUGAUGAAACGAGAUCUGUGCUUUUUCUUUUUUUUUUCUUUUUUUUUUUUGUCUAGAAAUACAAAAAGAAAAAACUCUCAUAUAAAAGGUUCCCUUUAUAGAUAUAUUUAUUUUGAAGUUCUAUUUUAUAUAGUAUUUAUUUAGAUGCCAACUUUUUCUGUUUGUGAAGAAAGCUUAUGUUGAAAUGGAAUGUACAUUGACAAUGGAAAUAUAUAUUGUUAAAUAUA